AUGCGUGCCUUUAUUGUGUUGUGCUUGGUGGCCGUUGCCUGUGCCGAUAAAUUGGGUUAUAACUAUCAACCAGUUGGUCACUCCUCAUCUGGAUUAUCCUUCACACCAGGUGGUGCUGCCAGCAAUGUAGCUCCCAGCUAUGGUGGUGGUGUUGGUCCUUUCGAAGGUCAAGGUUCCAGCAGCUCUCCCUCAUUCGCCCCUCAAGCUGAACUCGAAAAGGAAUUCUACACCUUCUCUGCCAACGAUGCUGAUUUCAAUGAACCCGCCAGCUCCGACCAAUUGGCCAAUGCCGUGAAACAAGGUCUCCGUGUCAUCUUCAUCAAGGGCCCCGAAAACAAUGGCUUGGAAGAUGCCGCCUUGGCUUUGGCCAAACAAGCUGCCCAACAACAAACCGCCAUCUAUGUUCUCAACAAGCAAGCUGAUCUCGGUGAUUUGGCUAACAAGCUUAACAACCUCAACACUGGCAACAACAACAAACCCGAAGUUCACUUUGUCAAGUACCGUACUCCUGAAGAUGCCGCCAAUGCCCAACGUGCUAUCCAAGGUCAAUACGAUUCUUUGGGCGGUCCUUCUCAUAACUUCAAUGGUGGUGUUGCUCCUGUCCUCAACUUUGCCUCCCAAGCUCCCGUGGCUGCUGCUCCCGCUGCUUCUGCUCCUGGUGCUAGCUACUUGCCUGCUUCCAUCUUCCGUCACUAA